AUGAUCACCCUGGUAAAGACUGUGAGGGUAACUUGGUUACUUGCCGCGCUUGCAACAAGCUGGGACAUAAGGAGUAUAAGUGCUUCUCCAAAGAUUCAAAUCGAAACAAGUAUGGUGAAGAGUGGAGCUCCAGGAAAACUGAAUGUGAUAAGUAGGCAUGAAGCUGAUGCUACGAAGGAUCUUAUUACUGGUACUUUUUCUAUUAACUCUAUUCCUGUUAAAAUUUUGUUUGAUUCUGGUGUAACUUUUUCUUUCAUUUCAAAAGCCAUUGUUUCAAAGCUAUCGCACUAUUUGAAAACUGUAGAUGUCAUAGAUGUACCUAUAGUUAUUCCUACGGGAGAGGUAGUACAAUGUACCAAAACCUUUAAGGACGUUCCAUUAGAGAUCAAAGGAAAGGUGUUUCUGUCCGACCUCAUUGAGUUUGGGUUAAGUGACUUCGACGUCAUCUUGGGAAUGGAUUGGUUAAGUAAGUAUAGUGCAAAGAUUCGUUGUCGAUUGCAAAAGGUGCCGAGGGCGGGGAUGCAGUGA